UAAAGGCCGGCGUUUUGGGGUCCAAAGUUGGAACGCCGCAAGCCGAGAUGCACGUACAGCCGGCCAGGAGCGACUCUACAGGACUAGGGGUUUGUCCAGCUCGACUUGAUAUUAUUUUCUUGUUAGCUUUCCCACACCGAUACACCAACGAUGAGGCCACUUCGUUCAUCGUUCGUCAAAGCCGUCACUCUCUCAUUACUUAUACUCCCCAUCCCUCAAGUGUCUGCUCAGUGCGGUUCCUUGGUAACCUAUCGCCAACAUGCCGACCUGCUCCAAACCGCACCACAAUGCCUCCGCGACGGGUGUAUCGAAGGGCAGAACUCCAGCACUAUUUCAUCACCAUGUCCGUCUUCCUCACCAUGCUACGUCUAUUGGAACAUGUUCGUCGAGCAAUUCGACCAGAAGAAUGCAUGGUGCGCGUCUUGCUCAUCGGACCUCGCAUGUCGAAUUUCAGGCUGGCCAGUUAUGAAUGUCACUGCGGUUUGCGACACGACGCCCAACCAGCUGCUCUUCGGUGGGAAAGGCUGCUGCGUGAGUGGAGAUGAGCCUUUUGAACUCGCAGAAUGGACCGGAAAGCUUUGCAAUGGAUCUGAGUGGAGGGAGCCCUUCGACAUCUGUGGUGGCAUGGCGUGCCUUGACUGGCGGGAGUGGAUUAUGCCAUGGAAUUGGACCGUACGGAACGAGUCACUUCCUCCAGAACAACAUCAAACUUGCACAUCGCCGUCCAAGUACCUUGCCAUAUACGGGGGAGAACAUUUCUUCUGGUUGUUCUUCGCUCUAACCUUCGGCGGGGUACGGCUGCGCAUCGCCCAGCAUGAAGAAAAACACGAUAGGGACGUCUUGCGAUACUUCUUCCUGUCUAUCUGGACGGGGCUCACGAAAAAGUUCAGGCAGAAGGACAUGUCGGAGAAAGAGGUUAGGGUAACGGAAGGCGAGCAAUAUCGACCUCCAUUCACGGAGAAGCUGCGCUGGGGAUUCCCAGUCUGCGCGGGAAUCUUCCUCGCCGGUGCACAGCUUGGCUUCAAUCUUUUCGCGGCACACCUGGUCAAGGAACAGCCCGGCUACCAUGACGUCCCGCUCGGAAUGCUCGCCCUACUCUUCUGCUGCCGGCCGAGGCUCACUUGGCUCUCAUGCCUUCUAGCGCAGAUACCGGACACAUGGCUCAUCAAAAUCUUCGGAUUUGUAGAGAACGGAGACGGAGUAUGGGCAGCCAGAAUGAUUCUAUCAUCCGUCGCCGUUACCUCUGCGGUCACGGAAGCUAUCAUGCAGCUCUUGGGCGGUUACUUUCUCGGACGGGCCGCCCAGGUCGGGAGGGAGCGAGGCUUCUACUACGUUCACCACUUACGACCGAAGUUUAGGGGGAGAGAUGCACGGCACAUGUACCUUGGGGGUCUCUUCUGGGUCAUGCUCUGCAUACCGAUGGUAAUUGCAUUGUUCAUCCUGGCCUUUUUCUUCGGCCAAGUCUUCAACGGCGUGUUGAGCUUUCGGAGAGGACUCUACGACUUCUUCCAUACCAAGACUCCCAACAUGCCUGAGCUGGCUCAAGGCAAGGUGGAAUGGCUGCUGGACUACAUCAAUCCGGAUCCCUUGCCGCCUAAGGAUGAUCCGCCCCCAACUCCGAACCCUUUCGAUGACCAGCCCGUGCAGCUUGAUUCCGACCAGCCUAUUCUCGUGGACCGGCAAUCCUUCUAUGAUCAGCCGCUGCCCUACGGAGGGCCAGGGACCGGCGACCUCUUCAGCGACCAGCCUAUGCCAGUAAGACACGGCAGUUCAAGACGUAGCCGGUACUCCAGGCUGUCACAAUCCGAGUUCGAAGACCAGAUCAUGCCAGUCCCGCGGGCCGCGUCUGGAAGCUACCGCUACCCGUCCGGUGGUUAUGCGCAUGCUGCAACCGGAGUCCAACGACGGACACCCAGUGGAAACCAGUACAAUACCCUCCCUCAGCAUGACGCCCCGGACGAGGAAGGAGACCAGAUCUUGCCACAUCCCCCAUCCCAGCAGCACCCUCGUCGCCAGCCUGAAAUGCGCGAAAUAAGUCGGGGUGAAAGUCACCAUUCUCUCCUUGCGCCUGAGCUCCAAGUCGACCCACCCUCAUCAAGCGCUGGCAGCUCGUCUCGCAAGCGGUCUGAUUACGACGGCAAGCCGACCUGGGGUCUCGCCGAGUGGGAGUCCACGGUUAUCUGGACUGGCGCUAUGCUAGGAUUUUUCGCGUAUGCUAGUCAAUGGUUGUUCUGGGAUGGGUUCGUGAAGGCUGCUGGUGAUCGCUUCUGCCCGCCCGGUCUUGGUAAGGUUGCUGGCGUAUGGGUGACUGGUGCCUUUUUGUAUGUCGGAGCGCCUUUCUUAGGCUAUUGAGGGUCUCGACAUGGAUGGAGAUGGUUGCUUCUGGGUGGUACAAACUAGCAUGCUCG